GAAUUAGAAUGCUGACCACAGCAACUCCACCCCAGUUCAGGCCCACUGCAGAAAGGCAGGUUCUAAAGAAUCAGGAAAAACAAGGCACAAAAAAACAGAGUAUAGGAAAGGGCUAUGCGAUGAAGCUGGUGAAGGAUGCGCACUUCCUGAAAGCUGCCAGGGCCAGAGGCCACUGUUGGGAUGCUCAGCAUCAAGCAGCUAGAAACAUACAGCGCCAGUCAGCUAGAGAAAGCCACGCUGGGCAAGGCAGGAGCUGGUGGGCACGAGGCUGACCUAACCAUCCUGGGAUGUGCAGGAGGUUCCAAGAGGGUGGUUUCACCGCAGUGGAGCCUCCUGGAUGCCAUCCUGAUCUUAGGCAGGCACCUGUGGAGUGCCCCGAGUUGGUGGGGGCUGGGAAACAGCUAGGGUGCGUGGGGAGGAGAGGGAAGCAGCACAAAGUCCCAUGCCUGACAUUCACGAAACAGGCACUUGAUGAUCUGCUGUGUGCCAGGCCCUGUGCCCAGUCCUGGGAGUGUAGAUGUAACUCGAGAGACUAGAAACAGGCUUCUUUAGGAAAAUUAAAUCUGCUCCCAACCAGACUCUCUAUAGAAAGUCAUCCUGGCCAGGCCUGGGCUGUCCUCUGUGACAGCCACUGGAGCCCGGCUUCCACGAUGGCCAUGCUCUCAUGCCCUUCCAGGCCAUGCACUCUCUGGUCUGCACGGGCCAGGUGUCCGGAGAGCCAGGCACAGUGACUGAGCAGCCCCCCCAGGUGUCCUGUCUCUGACCUGGAUAUCAGGUAGCUAAGCUGGGGAGGAGGCAGGGGGGUCAGGAAGGGAGGGGCCAGGAUGGCUGUUUGGCUCAUGGGGGGUAUCCUGAGGUUUCCCAGGCUACUCCAAGGAGCGGCAGACAAGCAGCGCAUUGUCACCAGGGCUGCAGCAUGGAGCAGGGGAGCUGUCCGGCCGAAAGCCCCGGGCCUGGACCUGUUGGGGUGAAGACCAAGCCCUGCCACAGGGGCUGGAGAGCUCCUGGCCUGCUGCUGCUGCUGCUGGCACUGGCUGCUGCUGGGGCCGUGGCCGGAGGGCUUCUUGGCUUUGCCCACAGCCCUCCCAAGCCACUGCUGCAGACGCUCCGUCUGACCCUCCCGAGCCCCAGGGUGUCCCGGUCCAACCAAACUGAACAGGUGGAUGUGGCCCAGAACGUGGCAACCAUCAGGGUGACUCCAGCUCAGGGCAACCGUAGCUGGGCAGUGCUGUUCGACGGGCAGAGCGGUUGCGUCUGUUACCGCCCCUCGGAGCACCGGGCCUGCUUCCUCCUCCUGAUGGAACCCCGAGACCGCGAGACCCUGCAGCUGCUGGUGAACACCUCUCAGCCCCAAGGGACUCCCAGCCCCAGCCAGGACACCCACUAUGCCCAGGAGCUGCUGGCAGUGCUUGGGAGCCAUGAGGUGGACCCUACCCAGGUGGGGGCUUCCGUGCGACACCUCUGUGCGAAGACCCCCAUUUACUGGGCCCGGCGAGCAGAGAGGCCCCAGAGGCAGCGGCUGAUCUACCUGUGCAUCGAUAUCUGCUUCCCGAGCAACAUCUGCGUGUCCAUCUGCUUUUAUUACCUCCCGGACUAA